GACACUAAAUCCCCAGUUCAAUCCGUCACUGGGCAGUGAAUGAGCGGAGAGGCAGUGGGCGAAUUUAGAAAGAAUCGUCGAUAUAAAGAAAGCAAGAAAGACUGACGCGUAAUCACUUCACUCAUCUGAGAGAGAGUGGGCACCAUGGUGGCAGUACAAGUUCAUCAGUAGACCCUUGUUGGGUGCACAUGUGGUGAACGUUACCCUAAUCUGAGCGCUUCCAUUACCUCUGUCUAGAUGGAUGUGAAAGAAGAGACUUGCGAGGCUGACAUUAAUUUCAUAGAGCAGAGGAUCAUCAAUAUUAAGGAGGAGGAGGAGGACUGUGAAUGGGACUUUGUCCAUCCUAUGCAAGAGAAUCCCUGCAUUAAGGAUGAGGAAUGUGAAUGGUGGUCAAUGGGCAUCAAAGAAGAGGAGGAAUCUGUCAGCAUUGAGACUCGCAUCCAUAAAGAUGUGGAGAGUGUCAAGGAAGAAGACGACCUUCAUUAUGGGUGCCAAGAUGGCAUGAUGAUUGGGAUUGUCUCAUCUCAAAGCAGAGGCCAUUCGUCUACAGAGCCUUGUGUCAAUGUGAAGUCUGAAUCGUUACAGUCGGACACAAGGAGGACCGAGGACAUUUUAUCUGCUACACCUCUGGAAGAUCAGCCACCACCACCCUUAAAUACAUCUGGAGAAAGAGACAAGCCUCACUGCUGUCCUGAAUGUGGCAAACAAUUCUUUCACAGGAGGAAUCUAAAGAGACACAUACAAAUUCACACCGGAGAGAAGCCAUAUGGCUGUUCUGAGUGUGGUAAACAAUUCUCACGAAUGACCAGUCUACAGCGACACACAAAAGUUCACACAGAAGAGAAGCCGUUUUGCUGUUCUGAGUGUGGGAGACAGUUUUCAGAAAAAGCCACUCUUUCCAGCCACCAAAGGCUUCAUAUGGAAGAGAAGCCAUAUUGCUGUUUUGAAUGUGGCAAACAGUUUUGUGACAAGAGUACCCUCCGGAAACAUGCUAAAAUUCACACUGGAGAGAAACCAUAUUGCUGUCUGGAAUGUGGAAAAGGAUUCUUACGAACCAACAGUCUUAAGGUCCACAUAAGAAUUCACACCGGAGAGAAGCCAUAUUUCUGCACGGAGUGUGGCCGACAAUUCUGCGAUAAGAGGAAUCUUCAGAGCCACAUUAGGGUGCACAGUGGAGAAAAGCCUCAUUGCUGUUCUGAAUGUGGCAAACAAUUCUUGCGACUGUCCAAUCUACAGACACACGCCCAAAUUCACACUAGGGAGAGGAUGUAUUGCUGUUCUGAGUGUGGGAAACCGUUUAAACAAAGAAGCGCUCUCUUGAGCCACAAAAAAAAUCAUACGGGAGAGAAGCCAUAUUCCUGUUCUGAAUGUGGAAGAGGAUUUUCCCGUAUGGUCCAUCUGAAACGCCACAUAAGAAUUCACACUGGGGAGAAGCCAUAUUAUUGUUCUGAAUGUGGGAAAGGAUUUUCUCAGAUGAGCCAUCUCCAAACUCACACACGAGUUCACAGUGGAGAUGAAUACUCCAAAUGGAAAGGCAAAAAAAUAACCAAGUAUCAAGAAUUGCAAUCCGAGAUGAGCCAGAUGGGAAAGUAAACAAGAUUGUGCCAGUGGUGUUGGGAUCAAAAGGUGUUCUCAGGGGAAAAAAAAAAAAAAUCCAGGCGUAUCUGGAUAUCUUACUAAUUACUGUAACUCCAUGUGACCGGCAAAUGAAGCAUUAUUAGGAACAAUGCAGGAGCUAUGCCAAACCCUUGCUGCAAACUUGAGGGAGCAAGAAAUAAAGCAGUGCAGUCAGACUAUCCUGAGUAAAGAAUAAGGUUCAUUCCUGUCUUGGCAGCUGCCAAGCCAAUAAAUUUAGUGAAAUUUACCUCGAGAGAAGCCAUAUUGCUGUUCAGAAUGUGGCAUAGGAUUCUCCUGAACCAACAGUGAUAAGUGCCACCUCAGAAUUCACUUGGGAGAAAAGCCAUAUUGCUGUUCAGAAUGUAAUCAGCAAUUCACAAAAAGGAGCAGUCCUUGGAGACACAAACCAAUUCAUUACAGGAGAGAAACAGCAUGGCUGUUCUUAUUGUGGAAAACGUUUAUCAGUAAAUUGCCGUUGUCCGAACAACUAGAGGCUCAUGUGGCAAAGAAGCCAUUAUUGCCAUACUGAAUAUGGUAGAACAUUAUUGAAAAGGAGUAGUCCUGGUACACCCACAAAUAAUUCAGAACGGAGAGAAUCCUUAUUGCCGUUCUGUGUUUGGGAAACAAUUUUCACAUAUGCUUUGGUCAGACUUCACAAGGGAGAAAGACGGGACAGAAGGAAAAAAAAUAUGAAGAUCCUGCACGGAGAGGCUGCACUCAUUUAAAGCUUUCAUAGAAGGUGUAAGAACACAAAGUCCUAGAGAACAUAUAAAGGUUGAAAUGGUAAUAUUGCAUAUUAACAUAUGAGGACAUCGCCUUCAAAAUAGCAAGCAAUAAACUCAGAAUUCUGUGAGGGGCACAAAAACUUUAAGAAGAUAAACAGAAACACAAAGAAAUGGCACAGAACAGGCAAUUUAAGGAACAUCCAAAAGGGUCCUAUAGAAUGUGAAGUAACUCUACCAGCAGACUUUCAGGAGCACACGCAGGUAACUCGAGUGAUCAAGAGGACCGGGAGAUGAGAAGAUCACAGGACCCUAAUGUAGUCAAGAGAGUUCCGAGAUGAUAUCCAAGGAUGAUCCCUAACCCUGCCCACAAUGCCCAGCGCGUGCGCCCUAACAGCAGACAGCGGCGGGAAGGUGGUGCCUUAUUCUGACCAGACGUUCGCCAAGGACAGAAGUCCCGCAUGAUUUAAACCAUUUGCUCCAGAUGGCGAACCUUUUCAUGUUGUGCUGUUGUUACCCAGCAUUUUUAUUGUGCCACAGUGCACUCUUUGUUUCUGCUUUCGUAUUAAAUAUUCUAUGGCUCCUUUAUACCAACA